AUGGUGAUGGCCAAGGAAUUGCCUGAAGACUUGGUGAUAAAGAUUCUGCUAUUGCUUCCGUUCGUCUCUCUCUUGCGAUUCAAGAGCGUCUGCAAACACUGGUACGCUCUCAUCACAAACCAAAACUUCAUAGCAAAACACGUCCUACACAACAAGAACUGCAACACUCAGCUUCUCCUUAAAACGCGCGACAAAGCCAAUCACGAUUAUGUUGUGUCCACGAUUUCUCAUGAAACACUCCAAGUAUCUCUUACACCUCUACCUCCACCGUAUUUUGGGGUCAACAAGGAGUUUCAUAUUGUUGUCGUGGGUUCUUGCAAUGGUCUCGUUUGUCUCCACGAUUGCCUUGCAUUGCAUGAUGUUAUAUGGAACCCUGCAACAAAAGAAACAAAGGUUGUUUCCAAAUCAAACUUACCCCGCAUUGUCCCCGCUGGCUAUCGCACCAGAAUUGAAGGUAUGGAAUUUGGUUUUGAUGCCAAAACUAAUGACUACAAGAUAAUCAACUUUAUUACUAUCUCUGAUCCCCGCCUUUACUUCUGUAGCCCUUCUGAAAAUGGAGUAAUAUUCCAUGUAGAGGUAUACAGCUUAAGAGCCGAUACUUGGAGAAAAGUUGAUGGGCCCCUGUGUUUUCUUUCGAUUCAUCAUAUAAAUCCGGGAAUAUACAUCAAUGGGAUGGCUUCUUGGGUGGCAUAUGGUAAUGGUUGGGAGGAGUCAUUUGUUUUGUCAUUUGACAUGAGCGAUGAGUUAUUCCUAAAAACACCAUUUCCAGAUACUUAUAGUGAUGGUGCGGACAAAAUUUUCAUGUUGAAUGAAUUGAUUGCCAUCCCCUUUAUUGAUGAACAAGGCUUCAAACUUAGCUAUGAUAUAUGGUCGUUGCUUAAAGUUGGUAUUAAGGACUCAUGGACUAGCCUUUUCACUAUUGGACCAUUUAUACAAAUUAACGAUUCAUUAGGAUUUCCAUUUCCAUUAGGAUUUUGGAAGAAUUACACCAUAUUCAUUGUAAACGGACAACUGGUCUUGUAUGACCCCUCUACCAAACAAAUUACUAACCUCCAAAUUCAUCAUCAUGUAGAUAAAGAGCCGAUUCAGUUGGUUACUUACAUGGAGAGCCUAGUUUCUCUCGAGGGAUGA